CGUUGGCCAAGCGUCGAUCCGUAAGGCGGCUCAUUCAGGGGCUGACACGUAUGUUUGUAUGUACGUGCCUCGUGCUGCGUGCCAACUGUCGGGCGAGGGUGCCCGUUGCUCAGCCGUUUGCGUUAUAGUGUACGCGUUCAUUUGUUCACUUUUAAGGAUUCUCCAAGUGAGCUGUUUAUCGACAUCAUUGCAUCAGUCGGUCAAGCGCUUCAUUGGCGUCGGCAGCGGCUUGAUCCAGCUCAGCCUAGUUCUACGAUCCAUCCUGACCUCAAUUAUUUGCGAGAGGUUUAGCAUCAAUGGAGAAGCUAACUAUUUGUCUGCUGUUCUUGGUCAGCGCGAGUUUGCUCGGACACGUGCAUUCUACACAGGCCACCGAGGCUGACAUCGACGCCGAGGUCGUCAUUGAAAAUGAACCGGACGAGCCUCCAGUUGCUACCUAUGAGAGUCCUCGGCCCAUAGCUCCGGUUCUACUUGCUGAAAAUUUCGACGACAAAGAUCAAUUUGAAAAGACCUGGGUUAAAUCACAAGCAAAGAAAGAAGACAUUGAUGAAGAUAUUGCAAAAUAUGAUGGAGUUUGGCUUAUUGAAGAGCCAAAGAGAAAUGUUGAAGGGGCUAACUUAGGUUUGGUACUAAAAAGUAAAGCGAGACAUGCAGCCAUAUCAACAGUACUUGAGAAACCAUUUAAAUUUGAAGACAAACCUCUAGUUGUUCAAUAUGAAGUUAUUUUUCAAGAAGGACAGGAGUGUGGUGGAGCUUACUUAAAAUUACUAUCUCUUGAUUUCAAACACAAAGAUUUAAACAAUUUUCAUGAUAAAACUCCUUAUACAAUAAUGUUUGGACCUGACAAAUGUGGUGGCGAUCAUAAGUUGCAUUUCAUUUUUAGGCAUAAAAACCCAUUGAAUGGUUCAGUUGAAGAAAAGCAUGCUAAAAAACCAAAUGAAAGACUGGAAGAUUUUUUCAAAGACAAACAACCACAUUUGUAUACUCUAAUUGUACGGCCAGAUAAUACUUUUGUGAUCAAAGUUGAUGGAACUAUAGUAAAUGAAGGUUCUCUCCUUGAUGAUUUUACACCUCCAGUCAAUCCACCACUAGAAAUUGAAGAUCCCAAUGACAAACAGCCAGAAGAUUGGGAUGAAAGGGAAAAAAUACCAGAUCCUACUGCUGUUAAACCAGAUGACUGGGACGAAGAUGCGCCAGCACAAAUCAUUGAUGAAAGUGAUGUGAUACCUGAUGGCUGGUUGGAAAAUGAGCCUGCAACAAUACCCAAUCCAGAGUCCGUGAAACCAGAAGACUGGGAUGAGGAAAUGGACGGAGAGUGGGAACCUCCUGAAGUACAAAAUCCAAAAUGUGUGACAGCACCUGGUUGUGGUCCUUACAAAAAAAGACUGAUAAGUAAUCCUAAAUACAAAGGAAAGUGGCUUCCACCUUUGAUAAAUAAUCCCAAUUAUCAAGGAAAAUGGAAACCAAGAUUGAUUCAUAACCCUGACUAUUUCAACGAUGAAAAUCCUUUUAAAAUGACACCAAUUUAUGCUCUUGGAUUUGAGUUAUGGUCCAUGUCUCCUGAUAUAUUGUUUGACAAUAUUAUAGUUGCAGAUGAUGAAUAUGUAGCUGAAAAGUGGGCUGAACAAACGUUUGAAGUUCGUAAACGAAAAAUUGCCAAAGAUGCUGAAACUUGGUGGGGUAAAAUGAUGAAAAUGAUGAAUUAUAAACCUGGAUGGUGGGCUGCCUAUUUUGUAUAUUGUUCUAUUCCAAUUUCUAUUUAUAUUUGUUUUUUGAUAUCACAAGCGCGAAAGGAGAUGAAAGAACCAAGCAAAAAUCAGUACGAAGCAGAUACUGAUGAUUUGAUUGACAGCAAUAAAGAAAAUGUAGAUGAUGUGGAUGAAGAAGAGCCUGAAGAAACAAAAGAACCUAUAGAUGAAGAGACAACAAAAAAAUCCAGUGGCAAAGAAGAACUAGAAAAUUCCAAAAUUAUUGAAUCAAAUAAGGAAACAUCUUCGAGUACCGAGGGACCACGAAGAAGAAAACCAAAUAAGGAAUGAUUUUUGAAACUUUCAGUUUCAACUCAAAAUGGCAUUGUUCUAUUGAAAAAUCAACUGUCCAUCACUAAUGUCACAUAUAAGCAGGGAGAAACCAUCAGUCAUGUGCGUGUGCGUUUAAAAACUAUACCUAAUUUUUUGUGUAGAAUUUUAAGUCAUGUAUUUGAGUGAGUGAAAUGAAAGAAUAGAGACGUAGUCUCAUUCUAUUUUUCAGAACACUUUUUUUUUAAUGGCAAUAAUGUUACGUAUAUAAGUAUGAAAGACUACCAGUUUUUGUGUGAAUAUCGUAUAUUAUACUUAGUAUCGAACAAUUCCAAGUAUCAAAUCCAGCAUUUAACUUUUAUUUAAUUUUUAUUUUACUGCAAGAAUUCUGUUAUUAUGUAGUAAGUAAUAAAUAAAAUAAUUCUUCAAUCAGCGAAUUUAAUUACAUUCUUGAAAGUGACAUAUGUAUAAGCCUUUGAUGUUUGUUAAGGUAGAUAUUGAUACGAUACCCAAAUGCUAUGUCGUGUUAAUUAAAAAAAUAAAAAGGUUAAAUAC